AUGUUAUUCCUUAUCAUCUAUUCGACUUAUUGCAUAUCACUCUUCGCAUUGCCUCACUUGUUUGCCUUACUCUUCAAUACCGAAUUGGAUGAAAUCGAAUACGGAGACAUAUGUUUCGUCGUUCUUGAUUCUCAUAUGGACAUUGCAGAUAUCUUCGAGGAAAUCACUUCAGACUUCGACAAUUACGUACUGGACGAAGUCGAAGGAUAUCAACUAGGACCGCAUUCUACCUCGGAUCACACCCAAGCCCCAUCAAGUAAUCCCUGUGCUAAUCCAUAUCACUUGAACCCCCUGAGUGAAGAUGAUCAAAGCAUCUCUCGACUACCACAAACCUCUGUCAUCAACGAUAAGCCACAGACACUCUUCAGUGCUUCCGAGAUACCUGAUAUUUACCAUGACGCUUAUCUCACUGGUCAAUUAGCUUUAAUCAACGAGAACCCAUUAUACUCCUUUAUCAACCGAAUACCACCUGACAUCCUUAAAAGCUUCUUUGCCAGUCGAGCGACAUCAACGAUUCAUUUAUCAUCCCCAUAUGAGUUAUUUCAAGAUCUACUGAAUUAUUUACCACAUCUCUGGCGGUUUUACUGCUUCUUUCCACCUAUACCACCUAAAUAUCCACCUCGAACACCUAAGCAAAUCUCAAAUGAACACAAAGCCAUCUUGGAAAUACUAAGACGAAAGACGUUUUCCCCUCUUAGGAUAAUUAGAGAAUCAAAUAAUUAUGAUACAAAGAUAAGAAAAUUCUUUCCUUACAAGAGGAAAGCAUCGAAUGAGUUGACAAGAUUGAGAAGUGGUCUGCUGGGCUGGCCGAAUUGCGUGUUCAGAGAGUAUGGUUGGAAUUCUGUACCUGCCAGCUCGUCUUUCUUCAUGCCUGAACUCCGGUCAACCUCAAAGACGAUCUCAUUCAUACCAACAACUAACUCUUUACAAAUACCGUCGAGAUCAAUCUAUUUGCCAGCUGAGAACUCUGUCGAUAAGCCCACUUCAAAAACCCGCAAUGAUCUGUCGAAUCAAGAAAAGAUGUCGAUGAAGAGGAAAAGAGGGAUCACUCCUGGAAGUAAUCCAAAGAUCAGAAGAUAUCACAUAACUUCCUCGUCCAGGUCAAACACCACCAAACAGCAAGAUGUCUUUAUUAGCGAUGAUGGAGAAAAGAGACAAGCAAAGAGAAGAAAAUUAUCAGAACGACAAUGUUCAUCAUCUCCAUCUUCUCGAGCAGAUAUCUUUGGAGCUAUAAUUGCGUCUUUCGCAGAAGAGCGAAACGGUCGAGCUCUUCCUGUUCAGUCUUACUCAAACCACAAGAGCAAGAAACGGUCUCGAGCCGUCUCAUCAAGCUCUCCUGCUAACCCAGUGGAACAACCUGGAAAUGGAGGACAUGAAGAUGAGGGAGGGAUCAGGAAACGAAGGAAGGGCAGCAAUGACACCGCUGAUUGUGUACCAGAAAUGCCGUCUUCCAGUGAUACCCACAAAACUCCACAGAGCUUCAAAGCUGGUCUACCUGAAUUGAGCCGCUCACCAAGCGCAGAACAGGAAGAAAUGUUGGUCACUCCUCCUCAACCUGCUUCAUCUGAGAUGAGUGAACGAUUGGAGAUCGCAACCCCCACAAGAGCUGGCGUGCCUGCGAUCCCUCCAUCACCAACGGUAUCGAAAAAGAGGAAGAGACCACUUCCGCUUGCUCUUGACGAGCCCUCCAAUUCAAACAGAGCCAAUCCCACACCGUUUUUCAGUCUUCCAACACUAACAAGGACAGAUUCUAACCGAUCUAUCCGAGGUACAUCGAUAGACAUCUUCACUCGCUCACCAACCACUGCUUUAUUCCGUGACAAUUCACCGAGACCCAGGGGAGAAUCAGCCGGUUGGAGGCUGAGGACAGAAACGAGAGAAGCCAGAGCGAUCAGAAAAUCUAAUCGAGAUCGACGAUUGAUUUCCAAGCUGUACAUCGCACCACCCUUUGUUCCCAAUCAAUUCACAACCAUAUUGCACGCGAGACGGCUUGAUUUGAUUGGCCUUCUCACUCGGAAACUCUCUCUGUUUCCAGUUUCAGCUGAUCGAAUCUCUCUGAUACCUCCUCCGACACCCAUUCCUUCUCCACCACUACCUCCAGCACCUAUAUCACCUCUAGUCCCCGAUCCCCUGGUGUCAAAACGGGCUCUCAACUUGGAAACGCUAAAGUCUUUUCCAAGGAAAUUACAUAGAAACGAGCCCGUAGACUUGUUGAACACAUAUACUUACUUGCAAAGUCUAUCAGAUCUGCAAAGAAGUAAUUGUAUAUCGUUUUCCGAACUUGACUGCAGGGCAACCUGGAGGUCGAAAGCUAAGUCUAGAGCAGAGAACUCGAGAAGAGAGGAACAAGCUGUUGAGCGAUAUGAAGAUGAUGCUGAGUGGGAAUUGGCAUUACAAAGUAUGGCAGGUGAUUCAGGGACGAGCAGUCCUACCAGGAGACGAAAGAGAUCUAGAAAGCAAGCAGUCAAGACUCAGGAGCCAACUGGGAGGACGAGUGAAGCAGGUCCAUCUACUUUGACCCCCGGCCUCAAAGACCUGGCUCACGUCGAUUUCGAUUCAACUGAACGACUUGACUCGCCAAUACACAUUUUAGAGAAACCCCCUCCUUCUUUGACUUCUCAAGAAGGAAUCGUCGAUAAGUUAGAACCUGGUGAAACGAGUCUUCAACACUCAGAGAAGAAUACUAGAAUCCCUAUUGAUACAUCACCUGAUGAAGUUUCAACUGUGGAUAAAACACCUUUGCUUGCCGACACGCCACUUUCGUCACCUACAGAUGCUUGGUUCUUAUCGACUCGAAGUCCUGCGAAUCAACCCAUUGCGGAGACUCAAUUAUCUUGCGAAGAUCAAGCUGAAACAUCGAUUCGAAGUGUGCGCCCUAGUCCACCAGCUACGGAAUCUCUGCUCCCUCCUGAAGAUCAGCCUCCGAUGUCUAACGGCUCCGCAUCUGCAUCAUGUCCAUCAACGGACGAGAUACCUGAUCGCCCUUCGCCCCCUCCCGAUACCACACUGGCAGAAUCAGACAAGACGAUCCCGAACGCAAUCAUCAACUCGGAUCAGGCUUCCAGCGUACCAGAAGACGUCGUGUCGUCGGAAGGGAUUCAGACAGCAAGGGACUCACCAGCAAAGGACUCACCAGCAAGGGACACACCAGCAAGGGACACACCAGCAAGGGACACAUCCGUCAAUGCCGAUCCUCGACCCUGCUUGCCAGAGCUCGUCCCAUUAUCUGCUAGUCCGUUUACCAUCUCCCAGCCAACGCGUCCAUUUUCAGCACCGAACGAGGAAGCUGUUUUGAGUGAUUUGACAUCAAACAUAUCACACGCCACACCUGUUCAAGUGGAUCCUCGAAACCAAUUCACAUUCUCUUUCCCCAAAUCCUCUGUCGUUCCUGUAUCUGUUCCAAGCAAAGUCAUCGCGAGUACAUUGACUGCGAUACCAAGUGCCUUUGGUGAUACUGGAUCUUUCCCUGCUCUCACUUCGACUACGGUCACAGAGACUGAUGUUUCUGUAAGUGCUGUUGAUCGUUCAGUCAGGUCAGCCUCAUCGACGCUUCCGGGAUCUUCCAAGGCUUUUCAUAGGGCUGUGAGCAGAGCUACUUCAGCUUCAAAGCUUGCUCGAGGUCGGCUUAGAGGAGCAGCGGCACGUCGGGGCCUUCCAAAUCACUCUGUACUGAAAUCCACAAGCACAGUACUUGAUGUUCCUCCGAGCACUGGGCAUGGAGGUGAAUUGGGGAGACAAAUGGAGAUGGACUUACAGGAACAGGAUGUCAGAGAAGAACCAUUUGAAGUGACGAUGUCAGAAGAUGAUCUCCUAGUCCGUCAGAAUUCCCCAGUGAUCCCUCCACCACACCUUACAGCUCAGCUUCAAGUGUCGGGUCCGGCAAUAGGUGUUCACCCUAUAUCCCAUGUUGGCCCUCAGCGUCAAGGAUACCAUUAUCUGCCAGGCUUCAGCCUUCAAAGUCCUGUUCGAUCGGAACCUCGAGCUGAUGUCGACAUGGUGAUGGAAGAUGUUGUCGAAACCCCGCCUGUCUUUAGGCGGCCUAUCACUGAGCAGAACAGUCUCUCUAUUUUCGAUCGAAGGAUGUCUUCUCGCAGGCCUCAACCCACACGUAGCACCGUUGCAGCCACAAGCCAGAUCAGGGCUCCUGCCAUCUCGCAGUUAUCCCCGACAGUUAGCGGGGAGGAGAUAGAGAUGAUAGAAGAUGAUGACUUGACUCCUGGUUGGAGUGCAGCUGUCUCUCAGCAAUUCAGGGGACCAGAGUUCUGCGCCUCAAGAUUCAGUCAAGCCCUGCCUACAGGAGCUAGCGUGAUUAAUAUCGAAAGAGUGAAUGAAGAUUCGGAGAUGCUGAACAUCGGUUGCGACCCAAUCACUCCGCCCUCUUUUAUUGAACAUGAAUCGCCUACUGUCAUACCCUCAGCUUCCAUUCCUUCCGUGGCACUCGUGAAAUCACCUUCGAGUGGACUGAAUGAAAAGGAAGAUCUCUCACGUGUCCCUCCCCCGAAAAUUGGCAUGUGCUAUCGAGAAUAUAUAUUCUAUGACUUGGACCAAGAGGAGGCAAGGGAGAAAGCAGAAGAUAACGAUGCAAGUGAAGACGAAAUGGAAGAAAUAGUCACACCCCUACGAGAUGCUGCUCCUCCACCUAUCCAAGUUCCCGACAUGGAGAAACAGACUUGUACUAUGAUGGUCACCUUCUCGCUACUGCGUAUCGCGGAAAUCCCGCCAGAGGCAGGGGUAUUCAAACCUUCAAUAGUAGUAUCUUCGCCACAUCCUUCGAUGUCCAAAGUCGUUAACACGGUCUCCGAUGAAUCAGAAAUCAAUGCUCCUCCACAUAUACCGGGAGGUUCCGACAAUCAAAUAGAAUGGGACACUACUUUGAUGCCGAAAGAAAGUGCCGCUCCUAUUGUCGCAGAGGCAAAGGAACCCGAAACUACAGACGAGCCGAAGGGUGUGAUAACCCAACCAAGCAUCGGGGAGUAUGCUGAUGAACUGGAAGACCUGAAUAUGCUAGCUAGUGUAGCAGCGGAUCAUCAUGAGAGAGAGGCAAGCACUGUGGUACAAACUAAUAUUAGCGAAGACGAGAAAGAAAGGCGGUUCAGCUGGGAGGAAAAGGGAAAAGGAAAAGCUGUCAUUGAUGACGAACCGCUUGACCAUCAAGUCAAUGAUUCUACAGCUGAUGAUCAAACAACUGCUUCUGCAUAUCCUUCAUAUCCUCUCGACAUAUACUAUAACCGCUCAGUUGCGACUUAUCACCCUUCCCCUCCUGUACAUCCUAUAGGAGAAAAUCUGAUAGCUCUUAGCUUUACACCCGAGCAUGUGGAUACGAACGAGGUUGAUCAAGAAAUCAUGUCAGUCAAUGGAAUCUUCCCAAGCGAUCAUGGCGGUGCUUGCCUCUCAUGCUCCAGCUCAGUGGAAAUAGAUCCCAAGAUUCCAGCUCCCUUCACAAUUGAGGAUGCUCAAAAUCCUUGCUACACGAGAUACCCACAGGAUGGAUACUCAGUAUCUCCUGAUGACAAAUUGAACGAUCCUUCCAACCUGCCUAUCUCAUAUGAACUCACCACCGGUAACUUGGGGUCAAUAUCGGUCGAGACUCAAGGGUCGCUACCUUCCUCAUUGACCUUGAAUCCACCUUCGCUCCUGGAUAGUCCACCGCCAGUCCAAGCGCUCGAUGGUGAAAGUGAUUUCAUCCCGAAUGCGAAGUCAAGCAAGCAGCGUGUGGCAGCUUUCAUCGAGUCUGCUGCUUCGAGCAAAUCCAUAUCUUCCAAAAGACCUGUCAAAGCGUCCUCGAAAGCAGCUGAAGCUCCAAAUCGGAAGCUAGAGCGGCUCAUAUCACCUAUCUUAACCCUCGAUCAACUCCAAGAAUUCGACGAAGAGAUCGACCUGACCCCAUAUAGAGGAGUUAGUGAGGACCACAGACCUAUGCCUUCUCCAAGCGCCAUGCCUUUCCAAAAACAACGAUCUCAAAAAGCGACACUUUCAACAUUGGCACCUCUGAUUCUAACGCCCGCUUUCAUGCCUGUGAUGGGACCUACUCGGUCAUCGCAGAUAUCAUUCCCUGCAAGCUCUACAAGGAAUGAAGAUGCGUCGGGAGAUUCGGACGCUUGGAACUAUAAGGUGUCCGGUCAGGCAGCUAGAAGAGAAAAAGAGAAAGCCAAAGAGGAGGAUUUGAAGGGACGAACCGAUCUACCGCUUAUCACCCAAUUGCCCCACUCACUCAUGAGCCAGUCAGUCCCAACGACCGGAAAGGAUCAGGUAGGAACCUUGAUGGUCAGAAAGGUAUCUAAUUUACCAUCCAGAGCGCGUCAAGCAAUACACCUUACUCAACCAUCUGCUGUAGACAACAGUGCUGAAUCAUUCGAAAGUACUGGAAUGGAAUUACCUCCUUACUCAGAGACAGAACUAGAUCUAACAACAUUGACGGCUUUGGCUGAGAUGGCGGUGGGAAAUUUCCAGAUCGUAUCUGAAACUCCAGUGUUUGAUAUAUCUCUAUUCCCAUGUGACGAUGAUCAAGUUCCCGACAUUUUAGUAAAAAACGUUUGGGCAGUUCCAUUAUGUAAUCCUGCACCAUGGCAAGGUGGUGAUCAGCGUUGGUAUAUCGAUCACCAACAAUGGUUAGAUUCAUGGGGAACAUUAGAUCUGGAAGAUGGUGGGAUCUCCAUAAACUAA